AACUGAUCCCAACUGAUCCCAACAUGUCGGACGACCUCGUGUUGGACCCCGACAUCAGGGUCUGGGUCUUCCUGCCCAUAGUGAUCAUCACUUUCUUCGUCGGCAUUCUUCGCCAUUACGUAUCGAUUCUCAUCUCUUCGACCAAAAAGAUUGAAUUACAACAAGUGAUGGACAGUCAGGCGAUGAUUAGGUCGAGACUUCUGCGAGAGAACGGCAAAUAUCUUCCCAAACAGUCAUUUCUGGUUCGUCGGCAUUACUUCAACGACGAGGAGAACGGAUAUUUCAAAGUGAGUCAAAAGCGUCAGACCUCUGCCCCAAACCCGAUGACCGACCCCUCGAUGAUGACCGACAUGUUGAAGGGAAACGUGACGAACGUGUUGCCGAUGAUUCUGAUCGGCGGUUGGAUCAACUGGACCUUCUCGGGCUUCGUCACCACGAGAGUGCCCUUCCCUCUGACCCUAAGGUUCAAACCGAUGCUCCAGAGGGGCAUUGAGUUGAUGUCUUUGGACGCGUCGUGGGUGUCGUCCGCCUCGUGGUAUUUCCUCAAUGUGUUUGGACUCAGGAGUAUCUAUGCGCUGGUGUUGGGCGAGAACAACGCCGCCGAC